CUCUACGACCACCAAGGUAUUUUCAAGAGAAGUAAUUCCAGAUGGAUGGAUGAAAUUUUAAAACAACAGCAGGAACUUUUGGGCCUGGAUUGUUCCAAAUACUCACCAGAGUUUGCAAAUAGUAAGGACAAAGACGAUCAAGUUGUAAAUUGCCCUUCAGCAGUGAAGGUGCUGUCCCCAGAAGUUGGAAAAGCAGAUGUUGUGGGAGCUGCCCAGGACUUUUGCCAGUUAGUAGCUCAGCAGCAGAGGAGACCCACAGAUUUGGAUGUAGAUCUGCUAGACUGGUUACUUAGCUCACACAGUUUCCCUGGUCCUGAUUUAGUGUUGAAGUUUGGUCCUAUGGACAGCACAUUAGGCUUUCUUCCCUGGCAAAUCAGAUUGACUGAGAUCAUCGCUUUGCCUUCUCACCUAAACAUCAGUUAUGAGGACUUUUUCUCUGCCCUUCGUCAGUAUGCAGCUUGUGAACAGCGUCUGGGAAAGUAGUGGUUCCUGGUUGCAUCAUAUGAUUUCAGGCUUUUGGAGAAAAGGACCCAAUUG